UUACGCUGUAGUGAGUGAGCACUUCCAAGGCAGUUGCCAGUACACAGCUGUGUACGGUUCAAAGCAGCUGUCACACACCCCGAGAAGGUCAGCGACGCAAAUCUAAGCGACCGAAGAGCAUUCAACUGAUCGUACUUGGUGGUCCAGUGUGGCCCUGAGCACCCCACUUCCUCGUGCUCCGUCCUUUGCAGGAGACGUUAAACCGAGGUCCUAUUGAAAGUGACUCUGCAGCAGCAGCAGUUGCGAUGCAUAGCUCACCCCCUAGUCUCUGUAAAUUGCUUUGGAUAAUCUAAUUAGAGGGUAAGGCUUAAGAUAACACCUCAGCACCAGUAGCGUCUUCAAUGGUUCCCUUUACAGGAGUGCUUACCAAGUUUAAAUUUAGUUUUCAUACUGGUUUGAGCACUAGCAGCACCCUUUAAUUCUUUGCUGGCAUUAUAUGUGCACAGAUCUCUCAAGCACAGUGCUACCAACUGCUUGCUUGUGCCUAAUAGGUUUGAAGUUAAUUUUACAUAGUAUUGUUAAUUCGACCCAAUAUGUCGCAUCAGUGCUUGGUUCCUAAAGAAAUUAGGUCUUAAAGCAGGCCAAUGAUUCAGCAUCAACAAAGUGACCCGCUAACCCUUUCCAUACACUCACCUCUUAAGCUCAGGGAACACGAAGCCACUUUCAGAAACAGCGGCUGGAAACCUGGUUCCAGGAGACCGGGAGACCUAGUUUGAAGUUGCUGUAUCUAACCCCAAGUUUCCCCCUGGCCUGAAACCUAGUGUCCAAGCCACAAAGUGACUUCUUGUUUCAGCAGCUUUACUCUGCAAAGAAACUUUUCCAUUUUUUUUCGCUGUGUCUGUCUCCUCUUUCAAGCUGUGUCACCUGGUUGUGGUUUUGUGAUGAUGAUGAUGGUAUUGAUGUAUUGUUGCUAUGUAUUUUACAUGUUUAAAUAACAAUUGUUGCUAAGUGCCUUUAAUAUUUAGUUUCACGUUUAGUAUCUUGAUAUGCACUCUCUAUUGUUCUCCAUUGUAGAUCUUUAUUUUCCAGGAUAAUUUAUCUGAUGUUCUAUUCAGCCUUUGAAAAGCUGAAUUGCUAAAGUGAGGUGGCUAUAGAAAAAUGUGGCAACCAUGAGAUACUCUGGUCUGGUUUGACUUCCUCUGAAUCACUCAUGCGGCAGCAGGUUAAUGUGCCAGUGUAUAUCUGGCUACAGUAUGUAUAUUGCAUGGUAUACAGAUUUGGAGCCCUAAUGAAAGGGAAUGUCAAAGAGAUUCCAAUUAGGAUGAUCCCAGGACUUAAUGACAUAAACUAUGAGGACAAGUUAACAUAGUUAAAUCUCUUCACCUUAGAAAAAAAAAAGAUGGUAAAGGGGAUUUGAUUGAAGUCUUUAAAAUCAUAAAUGGUAUAGAGAAAGCUAACCCAAGACGCUCCUUCAAAUUUAGCACAGAGAGAACAAGAGGGUUCAAGUCAAGCUGAGUAAAAGUAAGUUUAGAAUGACCGAAUGACCUUUUCUCUUUACUUAUGUUCAAUCAGUUUUUUUUUUCACCUAAGAGGUUAAUGAAAAAUGGAUGGGCUAUCGUUUUACCAAAAACGAUUCCUGCAAGCUGUGUAUCCAAACCAAAUAACACUGGAGACCAACCUUCCUUGCCUUGAGGGAACUGAGAAGCUGAGAAAUGCCAAGACUCCGGAGGACGUAAAAACAGACGGAACAGUCAUUGGGGAGCUCAUCCUAGAGCAAGAAUUCCCCCUGAGCCCCGAAAUAUGGGCAUCUCGUGGCUGGAGAGCAUUUAAGAAAGUGUUGUUGGAGAAGCAGAAUGGCAUAGAGACUAGAAAGAAGGUGGAUGUCUUUGAUAUUCAGCUUGGAGAUUCCAGGAAGUGCAAAGCAAUGGUGGUAGGGUACAGAGAAGCAGCUCUCCAAGUGGGGCAGGAGAUUUCUGAGUUUCUGGAAAGCCAAGUUCCCACGAAGGAGCUGGUGCCCUUCGGGAUAGGUAAAGACCGUCUGCUGCGGCUUUUCAAUGAAGAGCUGAAUCUUGAAUUGGCAGGUUUGAAAUACAAAAGGCGGAAGUUAGGAAUCGAAAUCAGUGGGACCAAAAAUAAUGUGGCUAGGGCUUUAGAAGUGAUCGACAGGGUUACCAACAGAGUCUCCCAGACAAACCGUUCCAGAAAUGCACUGAUUCAGAUCUAUAGACGUUUCCAAACCUUUGAGGGAUUGAACAUCUUUAUCUGCUUGGGUGACGAUAUUGAGAGCCUUCAGUCCGAAUCGAUUAUUCAACAAGGUACUAGCCUGGGUGACCCACAACUGGAGGUGCUCAAUCAAAGGCCGGAGGUCACUCUGGCCGCCCAUAAGAGAUUGACCGGGCAAGGGAAGCUACAAAGUGUCAUCACCCUCCACUGGGGUAAUAGCAGCACUAUUUGUGAUAGUGAUAGCGCCGCCCUGCUGGAGGGUUCUAUAACUCUUGCUCUAGAGUACCUGGAGUCCCAUGGCCUGCAGUCAGUCGCUAUGUGUUGCCCGCUCGCUAGGGGGCAGUGUGUGCCUGACGAACCUGAAGUUCUGGUGUCUGCUCUGGAGGUGUUUUGUAGAAAGCGUUCCUUCUGUGUUUCACAUCCUCUGUCAGUGUUCCUGGUCUGUGACAAGAAUUCGGCCUGCAAGGUGGAGAGAAGUCUGGGGCAGCGGUGGCCGCUACCCCCUCAGAGCGGUUUGAAUGUUGGAGAGAGGAUCUUGACAAAGCUGGUGUGUGGGGAUUUAGAGGAAAAUGAGUCCGCAGUGCUGGUCCUUGCUGUCACAGUUUCAGAAGAGACACACAAUAUCCAGUGCUCUCAGUUCGUUCCACACAGUCCCAGCAAGGCACUAGAGGCGGUGCUGGAGCUGCAGUCGGUGGACCUGUCCCUCAGAAGCACACUGCGAAGAGAAGGGGCUGUCCUCGUUCCAUGCUUGGUGGAGGGGGUUCUCCCUUGUCAGUAUUUGUACCUUGUGGACAUCGAGGAGGAUUUGAAAGACCCAGCCGAGGUGCUGAGGAGCCUGGUUGAUCAGUGUCUCCAGCUGUGUCAGAGUUCUCUCCUCUCCUCCGUGGUUUUCCCUGUGUUGGACCUCCUCAAAUUUGGGGUGGGGGUGUCACAGACAGUGGGGUGGCUGGAGGAGGGGGUGAGGAGGUUUGAGAGAAGGCACCCAUUGCCCAGGGUGGAGUCUGUGAGCCUGCUCCUGAACCUCGACCCAAUGGAUCUACACUCAGUGGUGAGAGAUAUUGAAGGCCCCUCAGAAAUCUUUGGGACAUGUUUCACAGAUGACCUUUAUUUUAUGCAAUACCUUAAAGAUGCUGAGGAGGUUUUGAAAGAAAUGACCAGCACUCUACUGGUUGCAGGUUUGAAGAUCAGCCUAUCUCGACAUACUCAUGUGCCAUGCUUUCUGGUAACUCCUAAUUCAUCUAGCCACCACACAUCAGAGCAGUGGAGAAGGUCACUUAGGGAUACCUACAACACUGAGAGGCGGAGGUACUCUGUGAGAUAUGAUAAAAUCUCCAACUGGAUCAACAAGCCCAGUUGUGCUUCCACGCUGAAGGAAGUAGUCUCCAUAGCGGUGUAUGGUGAAGGGGAGGUCGUGGUUGGUUUAAAUGAAGAAGUUGAGGUGUUGUACCAAGCUAUGGGUUUUUACCAAGAGCCAGUAAAGGAAUGCUUCAGCAAAUUAUGGAGUCCCAACACAGCUCUGAUGGUUUUCGGCGCUCUGCUGGAACAGCUGGCUAGUCAGUUCCCUACGGUUCUAGCUUCACCUUCUGUCGAUCCCAUGAUGAGCCACUCUUGGUUCAUCUUUGAAGGCCCACGUGAAGAUGUCAACUUAGCCUUGGAGUUUUUCCACCAGGAAACUUCUGAAUCGCUGAUCUCCGUCACAAUCGACGAUAAGUUUUUAGGAUACCAGUCUGUCUUUUUAGGUGAGCAGGAUCUGGAAGCUUUGACAACGGAGCUUUUCCAAUCCAGAGGGAUCAGUGCUACCUUGCAACAUCGUGAAGGUUCUGUGGUUAUGUACGUGCAGCCUUUUGAGGAGACUGGAAGAGCUAUCGAUGUGCUGAAAGAGAUUUUACUAGAAACUGGUAUUAGGAUCAACCAAGCAAGCCUGGCAGCCACCAAAGAACAGAAUUGGAAGGACUUUCUGGACGAGAUCAAUGGCAGGCUUAAUAACAAUGGACAGAAGAAGGUGAACUUCUAUAACUUGCUGAAUAAUAAUGGAGACAGUGAUCUGGUGGUCUUGGUAGGAUUCAGAACAGAAGUCCAAGCUGCCCAACGUUUGAUCAGUAAAUAUUUGCACAACAAUAGUAAAAUCAGGAGGACAUUGACCUUUCGACAGGAGCACCUAGUCCAGGGAGGAAAUCAGCUUCUAGAGAUUAUGGAAUGGAAGACCUCCAUAAAUGUUAAGGUGGAGAUGAGGGUUGCAAGGGGAACCCAGCUAGAGGUGACGCUGUGUGGAAGCCGGGAGCAGGUGAAUUGGGCCCAGCCUUUAAUUAACAGGGACCUGGGGGCUCUGAUUCAGAGGACAGUGAGGAUAACAGGGCCUGGGGCUGCCAGGUUCUUCCAGGGGGUGACAGGCACACAGCUCCUCAAGGAGACUGGAAUGAGAGAGCAAUGUCUGAUUCUAGUGAGGGAGGGGACAGCAGUGGACUUGCCCACCACACAGAACGAAUCGCCUGAAAGGGAGAUGAGACCAGAAGCUGCGAUGCUGCAUCAAGAUGCUGCUGAGUUGCAGCUGACUGGCAGACUGGCAGGAGUUGAGAACGCUGCAGCUUCUGUCCAAUCGUACUUCCGGUUGACUCAGACCCUGCAGUGCCUGCGAGACCCCCGCCUGUGUGAGCUGAGCUCAGAGCAGCUGCAGGAAGCACAGAGUCAGCUUGGGGUCAGGCUGCAUCUGAGCGAGGGGGCUCUAACCAUUCAGGGACCUCAAGACCAAGUCACCCAGGCACAGGCACACAUUGAGUUGCUGCUAGGAGAGGUUCUACACCAACUGUCUGGCUACCUGUCUGGAUACUUGAUGAGCUGUGAGAUGCUAAAGGAGAUUCAGCAGUGGGAGCUCCAGCAGAGCCCAGAUGCACAGCAGGAGCUUGAAGAGAGUGAACUCCAUGACCAAGAGAAGCAGCAGGGCAACCAGAGAGAAGAGAAGCCUUUUAACUGGUUAUGCAAUUACCUCUCAGGAAUCUUCACUAGUGCAAAGCUGCUAGAUGCUCAGCCCUUCCCCUGCAGUGAGAGCAAUUCCUCUUCCAAUGUGAGCAGGACAGAGACUGAGGAGAUCAAAGAGUCUGAUGCCGCUGAAUCCCUGUUGGAGCAAAGCCCAAGUCUAGAACUCAACAAGAACACAGAGCUUCCGGAGACCAGGACUCCCAGUACAGCAUCCCAGCAGGGCUCCCAGUACAUUGACAAGAAGACAAAGAAACCCAGACACCCCAUAAUGGAGCCAGCAUACCAGUUAACUGACAAAAACACAGUGUUGAGAGAGAAACCUCUUUCCACUAGAGUUAAUGAGACCAGAGCUCCCAGUACAGCAUCUCAGCAGCACUCCCAGUACAUUGACACAAAGCAUCCCAGCACCCACACAAUGGAGCCAGCCUUCAUGUUAACUGAGAACAGGGCUCCCAGUACAGCAUCCCAGCACAUUGACAAGAAGACAAAGAAACCCAGACCCCCCAUAAUGGAGCCAGCAUACCAGUUAACUGAUAAAAACUCAGUGUUGAGAGAGAAACCUCUUUCCACUAGAGUUAAUGAGACCAGAGCUCCUAGUAUAUCAUCUCAGCAGGGCUCCCAGUACACAGAGAAGAAUACUCACCAUCCCAGCCACCUCACAAUGGAGCCAGCCUCCAUAUUAACUGAGAACAGGGCUCCCAGUACAGCAUCCCAGCAAGGCUUCCAGUACAUGGAGAGGAAUACUCACAAUCCCAGCCACCUCACAAUGGAGCCAGCCUCCAUAUUAACUGAGAACAGGGCUCCCAGUACAGCAUCCCAGCAAGGCUUCCAGUACAUGGAGAGGAAUACUCACCAUCUCAGCCACCUCACAAUGGAGCCAGCCUCCAUAUUAACUGAGAACAGGGCUCCCAGUACAGCAUCCCAGCAAGGCUUCCAGUACAUGGAGAGGAAUACUCACCAUCCCAGCCACCUCACAGUGGAGCCGGUCUCCAUGUUAACUGAGAACAUGGCUCCCAGUACAGCAUCCCAGCUAGGCUACCAGUGGAACCAGUCCACAAACCGGUCACCCAACAGUGUACACGCUCUGGUACCUGGAGAGCUUUGUAGACCUGCAGUCCAAACCUUCCGCUGUAGUUGGUGCAAUCGGUACUUUGACACCAAGAAAGGGCUCAAGUCACACGUCACACAGAUGCACACCCCCGAGGGAAGAAUCACCUGCCCGGACUGUGGAAAAGACAGCACCAAGAGUGGGUUUAUCCAGCACAAGUGCCAGGGCAAGACACUGACUUGGGAGUUCAUGGAGACUGGCGCUAAGUCUGGUACACCUUCCUGCAAGCGAGAGCUUAUACUGAGCCCAGGCUUUCAGUUUAACAGAAACACAGAGUUUGGGGUAAUCAGUAAUCCCGGCACAAACACCCAGCCAAAACAGGACUGGGACAAAGUCAGCUACUUAAACAGAGAUGACUGUUUGUUAUCUGGUAUCUUAUCAAUUGCUAAAGACCUUGCUGCCACAAACUGGAAUUCCUCACCCACAACACCUGCCUUGAAACCUACAGCCUUCCAGUGCAGUGUGUGCUGGAGCUCAUUUCAGUCCCAACAAGGGCUCAGCUCACACCAUACACAAAUGCACACUUCUGCUGGACGGGCCACAUGCCCCAUCUGUGGCAAGGAGAGCACCAAGAGCGGGAUCACACGACACAAGUGCAAGGGCAAAUAGAGACCCACAGCAACUGGAAUUAUUAAUCAUUACUCAUCACCACCAUUAGGAGAGUCUGUUUCUGUUAUCUUACUAAUUAUCAAUAGAUUUCAGCCCUUUGCCUGUUACAGCAUUCAAGUGCAACCAAUCACUUUUACAAGGUUAACAUUGUUAAUCGUUUACAGUACAGCUGUCCCCGCCUACAUAACCACUAUACAUCCGUCCCACCUAUAUAUCCAAUGAUUGGCUCCAUUAUACAUCCGUCCCGCCUACAUAUCCAAUGAUUGGCUCCACUACACAUCCAUCCCCACCUACAUAACCAAUGAUAUAUCAGUGCCUUCUAAAAUGUCCCUUUUGUAAAUAUUUUUUAUUUUUUUAUGACAAAGUAUAUACAUAAAUGAUUCCAAAAUAUAUUUUAAAUGUUA